AUGACUGCCCACGACCGCAUCCAGUGGCUGGAUGGCCUCCGUGGCAUCGCAGCGGCGAUUGUGGCCUUUGACCACUACUUCAUGAGCGAUGUCUGGCACCCUUUCGUCUCCUUCUGGGCCGAUCCCCCCGAGGCCAAUCGGCACUUGGUGCAGCUGCCUCCCAUCCGCAUUCUUUUCUCCGCUCAUUCGAUGGUGACUCUGUUCAUGGUGAUUUCCGGCUUUGCCAUCUCCGUCAGUCUGCUCAAAGCCCGCCACAGCCCGCAGUUUCUGCCGCGAGUGACCUCCGCCAUCGUCCGGCGCCUCUUUCGCAUCUAUCUGCCGGUAUUGGUCCUGGCCACCCUGAGCCAGGUCCUAUUCUUCUUCGACUUGUACCACUGGACGUUCGAUGGCGGGUUUCUCGAUGGACUCCAACCCUGGUCAAAUCCGUGGGCCCACAUCAGGUGGCUGUGUGGCUACAUGGCCGAUAGCAUCAAUGUGAUCGCAUUUGAGUAUCGCGGUGGUCUGAACGGCCAACUGUGGACCAUGCCGCUCGAAUUCCGGGGAUCCAACGUGGUGUAUCUUUUGACCGUUGGGCUGUCGGCAUGGCGUCCCAAGCUCCGACUCUGGACACUGCCACUCCUGGCUGGAUUCUUCCUAUGGGCUGGCAACUGGGACAUUUUCGGAUUCAUCUGGGGUCUGUGGCUGGCGGAGCGGGCAAUGAACACUGCCUCUGCAGCGAACGCGAUGGCGGAGGACGACCGCGACGACGAGGAGAAGCUGCCCCGCCCGUCCUGUUCCACCACGCGAUGCAGGAUCCGAUCCUCGCUGCGAAAGCUCUUCACUCUUUCCCGGAUGAUCACCGUCCUCACCUUUGUGGUCGGAUACUAUCUCCUCUGCCUCGGCAGCGAUGGCCAGCUACCCCCGGGCUACCAGUUCCUCGCUGCUCUCCAGCCUGCCAAGUGGAAGGACAGGUGGGAGAUCUACCAUUGGUGCUGGAAGUCUGUGGGCGCUGCGUCCUUGGUGUAUGCGAUCGCCCAGUCCCCGUGGCUGCAACACUCCCUCAACACCCGGCUCGUGCAGUACCUGGGCAAGAUCUCCUUCUCGCUGUAUCUGCUCCACGAGACCAUCUAUCAGCUGUGGCGCAAUCCCCUGCGAGAUUUUGUGUAUCUGAUGGCGAGCGGGAACCCGUACCUGACUAGUGCGGAGGCCAUGCGGGAUGAUCCGUUCGCGUUCCAUGUGGCCUGGUGGGUGUCUGGAAUUAUCUUGGGGACGGUCGUGGUUCUCGCGUCGCAUUACUACACUCUCUAUGUGGACAACAAGUGUGUGGCGCUAGCUAAGAGACUGGAGCGAUUGCUUACUUCAUGA